AUGCUCUUUGGGGGAGUUCUGUGGCGUGAUUAUCUCUCUCUUCCCUGGUUCCCCAGCUGCCUGGACAGCAGAGACCCGAUCGGUCCCCAACGUCCAGGGCAGCUCCCGGCGGGAGGCAAGGCUCAGUCACCGUCUCCAGAGACGGAACCAGUGACUUCUGAGCAACGGAGAAGAGCCCUCUGGUUGCACCUGGCGUUCACGCAGCGGGUCUCGCCCCGGCCGGGACAGGACUUCCCAUCGCCGCAGGACGCCCGGAGAGGGCCUGGCCUGAGCUGCAGGGAACCGACUGCGUGUUACCCGGGGGGUCGUCCCUGGGACCAGGCCUGGUCAGUCCGGAGCGCCGGGGCACAAGCGAAGGGCUUCAAGCGGGAGCGGGGGUGCCUGCUGCUGCCCAGACCACGCAGGUGGGGACGCGGAGGCUGCCUGGCGCGGCCGCUGCAGCUCUGCGCUCCGACGGCUGCCGGCCGCUGCUCCGCACCGCUCUCCGCGCCCGGGGGCCGGUGGAGGGCUGCAGAGGCGGCGCAAAUCCUCGCAGCUGCCCCUGCCCCGGCCCGCGAGUGUCACUGUCGACCUUUGGGGGAACGCAGGCCCCACUUGGGCCUCGGUCUGUUCCCAGAUGUCCCGGCUGCGGGCGCAACCAUCCGAGCGCCGCCCGGCGACUGUAACGCAGCGGGCGGCCCCGGGACGGGCCCCCCGAAGCGACUCGGUGCGUUCCUCCGGACCUUUAAAGGGACCCCGGUUCCCGUUGAAGCCUCCUUCUUCCCUCCCCCAGGCCGCGCCUCCUCUGUCAACCUCCAGGAACCCAAAGCGACCCAGUAACCUGGAAGACCAAGAGGCGGGAAAUGCUAUCUUGGAAAACUGAACUGUACCUUCCUCUGUAAAGAAUUUCUGGCAUGAAUAUCAGAAAUGAACCGCGAAAGUGUCUGUUCACUGCCUCUACUUAGAGGAAAAGGUCUCUAACCUAAGAGGCAUGAUUCCUGCCCCCAAAUCGGGCAAAAGUGGAAUAAAAGAUCAUGGUCCAGUCUGUCGUCAGCCUGGAACCACUUUACUGGAAGACACAAGAAUUUUCAACAAAUCAAUAAUCCACUGGGGUCAGGAGCAUACAAUAGAAUACCAUAAUCUCAAAAAGUACCUAAAACCACCAUCUUUUAAAAUAAAUUCGCUAGGCUUUAGAAUAAAACAAGCCUCCUAAAUGCUGUAAGAAUUCAAGAGUACUGGGAUGUCUGGGUGGCUCAGUCAAUUCGGCAUCUGACUCUUGAUUUUGGCCCAGGUCGUGAUCCCAGGGUGGGGGGGAUUAAGCCUCGCAUGGGGCUCAGUGCUGAGUAUGGAACCUGUUUAA